UCCCGAUGUACUGUACAAACCGUGCAGGUAUGUCAGGUAUGCUGCGUUUUACCUGCGGGCCGUCUUCAGGUGUGUGUCAUCCGGACCCACGCCCAGAACCCUCUCUCACCUGGCCGCACACUGCGACGUCCCCACACCUGUACGUACUCCCACCUUGACGUCGCUGCGUCGCCUGGGAGUGAAAACUGUGAGUUUUGAGGUCCGGUGAAGCCCAGAUCUUCCUCCAUACCGCGACCCUGGAGUGUGUCGUUUACUGACGGACUGUAGACAGCACUGCGGCUAAACUAGGCCGUCUUUUGUUCGGGUCCAGAUUUUUAUUUGACAGUUUCGCCUGAAGUGUUCCAGCAGCACAGGACAGUUUGCUGCGCCACCACUGGAGAGAUAUCAACACAUCUCUGCCGUCUGAUGCGUUGUGUUUUCUGUGUUUCGCGCUUCUAUUAAUAACAAGGGUCCCUCAAGACCUUAGGAGGACUGAAACCAACACUUUAAACCCUCCGGAUUGCAUAUUUCGCUGACACAGCGAUUAGAUUUCGUGACGGCAAAGUUUCUCCUGCCUCUCUACUGAAGUAUUUCGCGAGCGAAGACACGGGAAAACCCCCUGCACGUGGGUACACAGCGUUUGUUGUCCCAUCGGGAGAGUGCCACACGGCCAGGCGGAGAAGCUGUCGACCCCCGCCCGAACACGACACCGCGGAGCGCCGGUAGACUCCUAGCCGGGUCAGCGACGAGUGGCUGAAGGGGUAACGCGAUCCGCGGCGGCCAUGUUCGUCGCCAGGUGAGGCGACAGGGAAACACCUUACCGACACACCUUUGUAUUUUCACCUGCGUGAGUAGGCCGGAAAUCGCCCUAAAUCACAGUCCUUGGAUUUGUACCUGGGAUUUUUGACAGAUUAACGUCUGACAACAGCUUGUGGAAGAACCAAACCAGCAGGACUCCGUGUUGUAAGGAGCUGUUCUACAGGCUCUAACAGGUGGGCUUUUGAUAGAUGCUGAGCACCACGUCAUCAUAAGAUGCUGCGACGUGUGAGGUCUUCGCUGUCCUUCAAGUUGAAGGACAAGCUGCCGAUCCGGCGGACCCGCUCCCACGUGUACGCCGUGAAGGACUCGGAGCCGGACGGGCUGCCAGAACCCGCCACAAGGGUGGAGAAGAUAGAGAGACUGUCCGUGAGCCAGGAGCUGGGCCUACAGAAUGGACCUGAGAUGGAGUACUGCGGACCGCCCUCCCAUCUGGAGAGGAUAGACGAGGGGGUCACAGCACGGCCCAAGGGCAUAGGCUACACCGUGUACCUGGCCAGUAACAAGUCCCAGCCGGCCCGGGUGGACAGCGACAGCGACUUCUGGUCCGGCAAGUCUUCCUCCGAGUCUAAGGAGAGCGUGUCGACCGUGUCUCAGGCCUCGGACAACGAGGGGAAGGAGGCAGCAACGGAGAGCAAACAGGCGAAGGAUGAACCCGACGCCUCCACAGCAAACGUGGUGAGAAGACGCAAGCCGAGACGUAAGGACGACAAGGGCCUGAGUCACCUGUCCAAGGAGGAGAGGGAGUCCAUCCUUCUCCUGGAGGAGGUACUGACAGACUUCGGAGGCUGGGAGAGCGUCCGGAGCAAGGCGCCCCCGCCUGCAGAGUCCGACAGCGAUGUUGACACAGACGAGGAGACAAGCACCAUCCUGGGAGAGGUGGAGUCGAGCCGCGCUUCGGGGCCACCGUCGCGACGGAGCACCCCGUCCUCCAGGAGUCGAGACGACGGUUCGCCCGUCGGGGCGCGGGGCGGCGACCGCUCGAGGACAAACCGCGCCGAGCGGGACAAGAAAGUCGCCAGCAUGAUCGACGACAACUGGGUUCUACGGAAACCCGACCAGGGCACCGACGACUUCACUAUAGUGUCCAGCGUGAUUCCGCGGCAGCCCCGUAAGGACUCCCCCGCCAAGGCAGAGCGCCCCUCCAGCAUGUACCAGUUCGGGCGGCAGCCCAUGUACUUCCCGGAGGGCGGCCAUGACGACACCGACGAUGUCGGCAGGAGGCCGAGUUGGGUGAAGAAGAAUCAGGCUUGGUACUCGCGCAACGGCCACGCGUCUAACGGCGUCGACGCCGAAAGGUCGCCAUCUGUGAAGCCGUCCCCAGCGCAGAAGGAGAGCAGAGAACAGCAGGGAUCGGACAGGAACGGUCUUAAGGAGGUACAUGACGUCACGAAUUCCGUGGUGACGUCAUCCGGGCAGUCGGAAAAGAUCACGUUGGAAUACAACAACGGCGGGGUGACGUCACGGCCCAAACACGAGGAAGUGCAGCGGCUGUCCAUGAAGGUGAUGACGUCACACCACAAGGUCGCGUCACGCGCGUCGUCACGAGGAAUGACGUCAGAGGACGAGUACUCCACGGACUCCUUGUCGGACCUGACCCCUGACACGGACUCCAGCCACGGGUCCUGGAGACGAGGCGGCCCGGACUCCCUGGUCAGCAGCCCGCGGACACCGGACAGCUCCGUCCCCAACAGCCCCGCGAACACUUACGGCGCCAACCCGAACGGUUCCGACAACACGCGAACCGACCCCGAGACCAGCCGAAUGUACCCGACGAAUUCCGACGUUCUGGAGGAGUCGCCCAUGAAGCCUUCCAUGAUACGCAAAAUGUCGACGGAAAAUCAGCUGGCGGCCUUUGCGCGUCCUGUCGUCACGAAUUCUGAAACGCGUCCGGUACCGAAACCACUCAAAGGUCUUCCCUCUAAGUCUCAGACCAGUGUGAAACCGCGUGCUCCGGAACCCCCAAAGAAAGAACCUGCUCCUGAACCGCCAAGGAAAGCGCCUGCUCCCGAAGCUCCUAAGAAAUUGCGCGCUCCAGAGCCACCGAGGAUAUCCCUGUACCAAACAAACAACUCCUUUGGCAGUGGAGAGGCGACGCUGGACUUUGGGAGACAAAAGAACAUCACCUCCCGCGAGGAAUAUGCCACAAGCAGACCUAAACAGGCAAGCGAACCUCUAAAACCACCAGCGUCACCGAGCGUAGUGGUUGUCAGAAAUACAAGUCCAGAUGUGACGCAGCAAAAUAGAAGGCCGACUAAGGAGAAACAGCCAGAACACAAUCCACCGAAGAACAAAACAUCUUCUGGCCACCGACACAAAGCAUCGAACUCUGAGAUGAGAACUCUGAAACCUUCCCAAAAAGGCGCGUUUGUGACCCUGAAACACAAGGCUCCCAAAAAAAGAGCGGGCGGUAGCAAACGCGGCUUACCAAAGUCCCAAACCAAAGCAGGAAGCGACCACAGCAAAGCACAGGGACGGGCAGACAGACCACAUGACAGGUACCACGACAGGACACAGUAUGUUCCCGUGUCGCCUGAGAGGCGAGACCAGACAGGCAGCUCCAUAGUGUUACUGUCAGAGGACCCGGACUCUAGGAGGGCAGGCGCCUUUGUGAUUCGGCCCGCCAGUGCCUUGUACCGCUGAGAUUGGCAAGGAACGACUGCGUCUAAAAUUAAAGUAUUAUACAACUUCGCAUGUGGCUUGAGUGCCAUGUAGGGAGGAUCGAGGUCGUCCCAGUUGCCGGUUGAUUUUGUGAACAGGCUGGUUUGAAACACGACCCACAAGCAAAGUCGUUAGGUACAGACUCCUGCGUAUAAACUGCAAAAGAGAUCGCCAAACAUACAUGCUCAAGAGUUGUCCGAACAAUACUGCAACGAAUAGCAGAGACUGAUUUGGUGAAUUCACGCAUGUAUUGGCGUCUAUGACUAGGAUGUCUUCAAAAUCGUGCACAUGUGCUUCAACGCACUUUUGUAAAAAGAGAACAACGCUAAGAUAUAUUUUCUCUACAUGUGUCCAUCUUGCCAGUAGUUAUCUUAAAACAUUAUGUACCUUGUUGUUAUACUAUUUUCAUAUGUUAUCACCGUAAAUAUAGUUUGGUACAAUAUGGAAACUUGUCGCUAUAAGAUGGGAUGUUUUUACCGGGUGCAGUUUAGAGACACGGUGCAGUGUUCCUCCACUGCUCCUGAUUUUAUACGCGGUGCAUGUGCAAAUGCAAACAUUGUAAACAGAGUUUAUACAUAUAUGUGCAGUCUGUGGCCAAAUAUUGUAUACCUGUAGGCAGAACGUUUUGAGAGAUUUUGCACUUUUUAUAUCUAGCCGAAAUGUCUACCUCCAUAUGUUUUAUAUUAUAAACACACCAAACACCUAGGUAACAAAUACGGUGGUUUUAGAUUAUCCCUUUUUUAAAGGGCGACUAGCUUCUAAAUGAUGAUAUGGUACAUAUCAGUUACUUCUUGUAACGUAAUAUUUUAGUCUUAGAUUUAACUCAAGUUAACCUUAACUACCAGGUAUCUAGGUUAUAAAGGUGCACGGUAAAGAUUUCGGUGAUCUUUGUGUUGAAUCCUACUUUUGUAUAAAGGCUAUUUUAUUUUGCCUUGAUUUUAUCCGGGUUCUACACCAAGUUUGUCAUGUUAACGGAAAUAUUUUAAGACAAGCUUGCUUCCAGAACUAAACGUUUUAACACCAAAAUUAACCUAACAAUAUUGAUAUUGUAAUUAAAAGAACCUCCGUUAUUUAAUUUACAUAAUAUAAACACAAUCACAGUACCUUUGUUAUGUCAAUUGUCAUGUUCGCUAUCGGAAAUACACAGUGGGUAAUAGCGACAGAGUUAACGAUACGAGGGACCAUUUGCAGAAGUGCUGUCACAUUUUAUCUAUUCAACGAAGUUUUAAUAAAGAUUAUUAUUACCUGU